AUGCCUAGAAAAUUUUCAUAUUCAAUUAUUCAUUAUGAUCUUCAAAGUGGUUUAAUAAACAAAAAUGAGUCAUACUUUAACGGAAAAAUAAAAAAAAACCCAUGA